CGCUUCCAGAUACAUUUAGAUGGUACUCAUACUCACCAUCUUACUCAGUCUUCAGCCCACAAGUGGAUGAGUAGUAUCAACGAUGUUGUCGAUGGAUUUCUUACUCGUAUGACUACAAGCGCGUCUCGUUUUCAUCUCUGGGCAAAGGAUAGACCACUACCAGAAGAAAUACUUAAAGAAGAGCGCACACUUAUCGAUAAUAUUCUUGGAAAAGAUUCUUCCAAAGGUGUGUCGCUUGUCAAAACAUGGGGAAGAUGUCAGACAAUAAUUGGCAAGGGAAACUACGGUACCGUAAGGCUGAUAGCCUCCCAAGACCCAUGCAUUCCAAGCACGCGCCUUUAUGCAGUCAAGGAGUUUCGGAAAAGAAGGUCGGAAUCGAUACAGUCCUAUGUGCGUCGACUGACGCCAGAAUACGUUACUGCUCUUCAUCUUCAUCAUCCUCAUGUUGUCCAAGUAUUUGAUCUCUUGCCUCUCAACGAUAAAUCCCUCUUGUAUUGUCAAGUCAUGGAAUAUUGCGACGGGAGUGACCUUUUUCAUCAGAUUUCGCAAAUACCAUCCGGACUCGUUGCAGAGGAGGCCAAUUGUUAUUUUCGUCAACUGAUAUCAGGAGUUGCUUACUUGCACACUAUGGGGGUUACUCACCGCGAUAUUAAGCCAGAAAAUCUUCUCUUUACAUCAAAAGGUUGUUUGAAAAUUACUGACUUUGGAUCUUCUUUCUGCUUCCGUCCGAAGGAAAACGCCCGAUGGGUGGAGUACAGUCGAGGAUUGGUUGGAUCUGAACCUUAUAUGGCCCCGGAAAUAUUUGUCGAAAAAGAGUACGACCCACGUCCCAUUGAUAUUUGGAGCUGUGCGAUAGUUUACAUGGUUAUGCGUACAGGUAGCUACAUUUGGUAUGUAGCUAAGAAAGAAGACGACGAAUGUUACUCACGGUAUCUUCGGUUUCAACAGAGGGAAAAUGCAAAGGCUCGCGAAAGACUUCAAAGACGCGCAAAAUUAGGUCGUUGGGACGUACUGGAAUCUCUUGAAGACGGUCCAAAAGGUUUAAUAUACCACAUGCUCAAUACUGAUCCCUCAAAACGAAUGACAUCUCAGCAAGUAUUAAAAGACUCGUGGCUCGAGUCUAUUGAGUGCUGCCAG